UAUGAAUUAAUUAUUAGGAUAAAAGUUGUUAGGAGAAACAUCUGCAUAACCAAAUACUAUUUAAAUUAAUAUUACAGUAAGCAUGCCAAAUGGUGAUGUGCAAUUACAAAUUUAAAUUGAUCCUGGAAUACCAUUCAAUGGAUUUACGAAAGGAAUAACAGAAUAAAUUUUUGCUCAAAAAAUGCAAGCAUAAUAUGAGGAAACUAUUGAGUAUGUAUUACAAAAUGGAUCCAAUAUAUAAUCUAAUGAAACAAGAACUUUAAAUUAAUUAGGAUUAAAAAAUUUUAGUAGACUUUAAGUAAGACUUAAACUCAAGGGAGGGUGA